AUAAAAAACACGUUUUCCAUGUCAACUCUUUUUCUCUCCCCUCAUUGUCCCUCAAUCCCAAUAAGAUUUGAUCUAAACUUCGAUUGAAAAGCCAGUUAUUAGUUAUUACAUGUAACCAUUGCAAAUAUAUAUUCUGAACUCUUGGUGCAACAAAAGAUAUAAGCAAAAGCACAAGUUUUUCACUUGAAAAAGAUAUGAAGUUUGGUAAAGAAUUUGUGUCACAAAUGGUGCCAGAAUGGCAAGAAGCAUACAUGAAUUACAACUCUCUCAAAUCUAUUCUUAAACAAAUGUCAAAGUUUAAGGAUCAAAAUGAAUCAAUAGCACCAAUGGCAUCAACUCCAAAAGGUUCAUUGAAGAGAAAGUUAACACUCUAUAGAGCCUUUAGUGGUCUUAAUGGUAAACACAGAGAAUCUCCAAGGAAGAGUGAGGAUGAAGUUAUUCUUGUUCGCGCAGCCGAAGAAGGCAAUGAAGAUUCAGAAUCAGAAAGGUUGUAUAAGACAAUGUUUGUACAACAUUGUGAAGAUGGUGUAGAAAGACAUGUUGAGUUUUUCAAGAAUCUUGAUUUUGAGUUUAAUAAGGUUAAUGUAUUUUACAAGAAGAUGGUUAAGGAAGUUGUUGAGGAAGCUGAGGAGUUAAGUAAGCAAAUGAAUUUUCUUAUUGGUUUCAGAAUAAAGGUGGAUAAGGUGAAGUUUAGUAAUCUUGCUACCAAUGGAAACUCUUCUUCAACUUUCAUUAUGGAUCAUGUAAAUUAUGACAAGCAUGAUCACUCACAUCUACACAUGAAUGUGAUUCAUGAAGUUGAGAUGAGAAAUGAAAGUCAUUUUAAUCAUGAAGAUGGAAAUAAUGAGGUACAAACCAAUUCAAGGACUUCCAUAGAGAGCUUUAGACCAGCUUCUCUUGAGAUCCUUGAUCAUGUGAAGAUAAAUGUGACUACACCAGACAUAAAAGGGAUACUGUUAAGUUCAAAAUCUGGCCAAACAUUUACCAAGAAAGAGCUUAGGAAAGCAGAGGAGCAACUUAGCAAUGCCUUAAAGGAAUUCUAUCAUAAGCUUAGGCUUCUAAAAAGAUACAGCUUCUUAAACUUGUUGGCAUUCUCCAAAAUAUUGAAGAAGUAUGAUAAGGUCAAUUCAAGGAAUGCAUCAAAAGAUUACUUAAAGAUGGUGGACAAUUCUUAUGUUGGCAGCUCAGAUGAGGUUAAUAGGCUCAUGGAAAGAGUGGAACAUGCCUUCAUUAAGCACUUUGCAAAUGGGAAUCAUAGAAAAGGAAUGAGCACAUUGAGACCAACUGCUAAGAGGGAGAGACAUAGAAUUACAUUCUUACUAGGACUAUUUACCGGCUGCUCAAUUGCUCUCAUUGUAGCACUUGUUAUACUCAUUCAUGCAAGAGAGAUUCUAUAUAGUGAAGGUCGAACUAAAUAUAUGGAGAACAUUUUUCCAUUAUAUAGUCUAUUUGGAUACAUUGUCUUGCACAUGAUCAUAUACUCAGCAAAUGUAUACUUUUGGAGGCUUUGUAAAAUCAACUAUUCAUUUAUAUUUGGAUUCAAGGAAGGAACAGAGUUGAAUUAUAGAGAAGUAUUUCUUCUUAGCUCUGGUCUAGCAGUUCUCUCAUUGGCUGCUGUUCUCUCAAACUUAGAUAUGGAGAUGGACCAAAGAACAAAAAGUUUCUCAGCUUUUACAGAAUUGGUGCCUUUAGGCCUUGUCAUAGUUGUUCUUGUCAUAACAUUUUGUCCCUUCAAUAUCAUAUAUAAAUCAAGCCGCUUCUUCCUUAUUAAAUGUGCAUUUCAUUGUAUUUGUGCUCCUUUCUACAAGGUGAACCUACCAGAUAAUUUCUUGGCAGACCAGCUUACAAGCCAGGUGCAAGCAUUAAGAAGUUUGGAAUUCUAUGUUUGCUAUUAUUUUUGGGGGAACUUCAAGACAAGAUCAAACAAGUGCCUUGAAAAUGAUAUCUAUAAAUCAUUUUAUGUAAUUGUUGCUAUUAUUCCAUUUUGGAUCCGUUUUCUCCAGUGCAUUCGAAGACUAUUACUUGAGGAAAGAAACAUAAUGCAUGGACUGAAUGGACUAAAAUACAUCUCAACAAUAAUUGCACUUGCAAUGAGGACUACUAAUGAGUUUCACAAAGGAAUGGUUUGGACAAUUCUUGCUGCAACUUUUUCAAGCAUUGCAACAAUUGUUAAUACUUAUUGGGAUAUUGUCAUUGAUUGGGGUUUGCUUAGAAAGAACUCAAGAAAUCCUUGGUUAAGAGAUAAACUCUCCAUACCAAACAAAAGUGUAUAUUUUGGUGCUAUGGUGUUGAAUGUUAUACUUCGACUUGCUUGGAUGCAAUCGGUUUUAGGAAUAAGGGAAGCUCCUUUUCUUCAUAGAACAGCUUUGACUGCUCUUGUAGCUUCUUUGGAGAUUCUUCGCCGUGGCAUUUGGAAUUUUUUCAGGUUGGAGAAUGAACAUUUGAACAAUGUUGGCAUGUAUAGGGCAUUCAAGUCAGUACCACUUCCUUUCAAUUAUCAAGAUGAUGAAGAGAACACAGAUACAUAAACAAACAAUCAAACAUAUAUUGGAAAAAGGAUGGAGUAAAGAUAGAAUAUUUGUAAAGAAAUUAAACAGGGUUUCCAAAUUAUUUCGUCGGCUGUUUUGGUACAUAAACGAGUUUAAUUACUAUCACCUAUGUUAGUUUUUUUUUUUCUUCUUUUUAAUUAAAUAAACUAGAUUAUGGUCCGCGC